CUUGCAAGCGCGAGUGUCGUCCGUGAUGGCGGUUCUAGUGCGGUUGAAGAUGCAAUGCGGCACCGUUAUAUUGCCGCUCGUGAUUAUAGUUGUGGUGUGUAGUGUGGAUUUUGUGUGUGGAAUGUUCGAGCAUCGACAUUGCAGUCACCAACAUCCCCGGGCACACGAGGUCAUUCAUGGCGUCCAUAUAGAACCAGCACAUGAAGUAAAGAAACGUAGCAUCAGUCAACCACUUCGAAUUUUGUUAUCGUACGAUGAGAGUGUCUACAGGCUAGAUGAUGAAAAACUGGAUCUCAUUAAUAAUACUAUUCUACCAGAAGCUGUACAUUUCUGGGAACGAGCACUCAUGGUCCGUGAAACGAAGAACACUAUUAGACUGAGCAGGAAAUGCGAAAGUAGCCAAGUCUUCGUUAAAGAUCAUCAUACGCACUGUAUAGACACCUGCCGAUCUACCACAAUGUGCGGUGAAGUAGUCGUUCCUGAAGAUCAUCUCGACGUUUGUCGAACGUGUAACGCUACUGGCCACAAUUGCGGAAUAGGAGAAGGGAGCAAGGCUGGCCGGGGAAUUGAUGGUGCCGAUUUUGUGUUCUAUGUAUCUGCAAUGCAAACUGAAAGAUGUCAUAAAGGAUUAACUGUAGCCUACGCUGCGCACUGCCAACAAGAAGCAGCAUUAGAUCGACCGAUAGCUGGUCACGCCAAUCUAUGCCCGGGGAGUAUCAGCACGAAACCACAAGAAUUGGAAACGCUGCUGAGUACCGUAAAACACGAAAUAUUGCACGCUUUAGGAUUUUCUGUAAGCCUGUAUGCUUUUUAUAGAGAUGAAAAAGGCGAACCUAGAACUCCUAGACGAACUGAUACUGGAAAACCGUCGUUAAACGAGACGUUACAAACACAUCAAUGGAGUGAAAACACUAUCAAAACUGUGGUUAGGCCCUACUGGCAAGUGCACGGUGGCUAUGUGGAAAGGUCAAUGCAAAUAAUAGUCACGCCUAAAGUUCGAGAUGAGGUGCAAGCCCACUUCAACUGUCCGGACCUGGAAGGUGCAGAAUUAGAAGAUCAAGGAGAAGAUGGCACAGCUCUAACGCAUUGGGAGAAACGAGUAUUUGAGAACGAAGCAAUGACAGGGACACAUACUCAAAACCCAGUAUAUUCAAGAAUAACACUCGCUCUCAUGGAAGAUACUGGAUGGUACACUGCAAAUUAUUCCAUGGCUCAAGAAUUAGGAUGGGGUCGAAACCUUGGUUGUAAUUUUGCGAUGAAAUCCUGCAAAGAGUGGAUAUCUUCUAAAUCAUCUCGUUUGUCGGGAAAAUCAAUUCAUCCCUUUUGUAAUAAAGUGAAGCAAGAUCCAUUACAAACAGAAUGUACUGAUGAUCGAAGUUCAGUUGCAUUGUGCAACUUAAUUAAACAUCCACAACCAUUGGCUAAGAAGUACCAGAACUUUGAUUCCAUACCUCACGUGCCCGCCGGCGAAGUGCAGUAUUAUGGUGGCUCAGUAUCUCUGGCAGAUUAUUGCCCCUAUAUACAAGAAUUCACAUGGAGAGCCUUCAAUAUUGUUGUUAGAGGAUCACAUUGCCUUUACGAAGAGAAUAAUCCACAUCCGGAUAAAAACUUUGCCCUGGAGAAGUAUGGACCACACUCAAGAUGCUUUGAUCAUACUAAUCAAAUGUGGGAAGAAAGAACCUGCAAACAAGCUCGACAGUGGCGACAUUGGGGUUCUGGCUGUUAUCAAUACAAAUGCGAGGCCGGUCGAUUGCACGUCAUGGUAGCAAAUUAUACCUAUACAUGUUAUCACGCAGGUCAAGAAAUUGCUAUUAGAAUAAUGCAAACUGGUUGGCUCCACAAGGGUGCGUUAAUUUGCCCCCCGUGUCGAGAUAUUUGUCAGGCGGAACUAAAGGAAAAACAUGAACACUGUAAACCAGGGGAUGAGCAUCCACCUGCAACAUAUUACCAUAGAGACAACCUUUAUUGCGCGUCUGCAGCAACACUUACAAAUAUGUCCACCUCAAUUAUAUUAAUCUAUUUUUUUGUUCUUAGAUGA